CAUGGGGCCCCGCGCGCGCUGAGAGUCGUGGCCGCAGCCAUCAGCCCUGGAGAUGACCAGGAGCGGCCACUGCUGAGAACUAUGUGGAGAGAGGCUGCGAUCCCUGCUGCAGAGCCUUCGGCUGGGAUAGCCGCCCCCCGUGGGGGCGAUGCGGACAGCGUGGGACAGCCAGGGGAGCGCGCGGGGGCCGCAGCAUGCGGGAACCCGCUAAACCCGGUGGCUGCUGAGGCGGCCGAGAUGCUCGUGCGCGCAGCGCGCCCCACCGCAUCCUCGACCUUCUCCGGCUACAGGUACCGUAAGUGGCGACUAUGGGCAGACUGGGCUACUGGACCCUGCUGGUGUUGCCGGCCCUUUUGGUCUGGCGUGGCCCCGCGCAGGGCGCGGCGGCGGAGAAGGGGCCUCCGGCGCUGAAUAUCGCGGUGCUGCUGGGUCACAGCCACGACGUGACGGAGCGCGAGCUGCGGACCCUGUGGGGCCCCGAGCAGGCGGCCGGCUUGCCGCUGGACGUGAACGUGGUGGCGCUGCUGAUGAACCGCACGGACCCCAAGAGCCUCAUCACGCACGUGUGCGACCUUAUGUCCGGGGCACGCAUCCACGGCCUGGUGUUCGGGGACGACACCGACCAGGAGGCAGUGGCCCAGAUGCUGGAUUUUAUCUCCUCACAGACUUUCAUCCCCAUCCUGGGCAUCCACGGGGGAGCCUCCAUGAUCAUGGCCGACAAGGAUCCAACAUCCACCUUCUUCCAGUUUGGAGCAUCCAUCCAGCAGCAAGCCACGGUCAUGCUGAAGAUCAUGCAGGAUUAUGACUGGCACGUCUUCUCCCUGGUGACCACCAUCUUCCCUGGGUACAGGGACUUCAUUAGCUUCAUCAAGACCACCGUGGACAAUAGCUUUGUGGGCUGGGACAUGCAGAAUGUCAUCACGCUGGACACGUCCUUUGAGGAUGCAAAGACGCAGGUCCAGCUGAAGAAGAUCCACUCCUCCGUCAUCUUGCUCUACUGUUCCAAAGAUGAAGCAGUCCUCAUCCUGAGCGAGGCCCGCUCCCUCGGUCUCACGGGAUAUGACUUCUUCUGGAUUGUCCCCAGCUUGGUCUCUGGAAACACAGAGCUCAUCCCCAAAGAGUUUCCCUCAGGACUCAUUUCUGUCUCCUAUGACGACUGGGACUACAGCCUGGAGGCCAGAGUGCGGGAUGGCCUGGGCAUCCUCACCACGGCUGCGUCCUCCAUGUUGGAGAGAUUCUCCUACAUCCCCGAGGCCAAGGCCAGCUGCUACGGGCAGACGGAGAAGCCAGAGGUCCCGCUGCACACGUUGCACCAAUUUAUGGUCAAUGUAACGUGGGAUGGUAAAGACUUGUCCUUCACUGAGGAAGGCUACCAGGUGCACCCACGGCUGGUGGUGAUUGUGCUGAACAAGGACCGGGAAUGGGAGAAGGUGGGCAAGUGGGAGAACCAGACGCUGAGCCUGAGGCAUGCUGUGUGGCCAAGGUACAAGUCCUUCUCCGACUGUGAGCCCGACGACAACCAUCUGAGCAUCGUCACGCUGGAGGAGGCUCCCUUUGUCAUCGUGGAAGACAUCGACCCGCUGACGGAGACCUGUGUGCGGAACACCGUCCCGUGCCGGAAGUUUGUCAAAAUCAACAACUCCACCAACGAGGGGAUGAAUGUGAAGAAGUGCUGUAAGGGGUUCUGCAUCGACAUCCUCAAGAAGCUGUCCCGGACUGUGAAGUUCACCUACGACCUCUACCUGGUGACCAAUGGGAAGCAUGGCAAGAAAGUUAACAAUGUGUGGAACGGCAUGAUUGGGGAGGUGGUCUACCAGCGGGCGGUCAUGGCAGUCGGUUCGCUCACCAUCAACGAGGAGCGCUCGGAAGUGGUGGAUUUCUCUGUGCCCUUCGUGGAGACAGGAAUCAGCGUCAUGGUUUCAAGGAGCAACGGCACCGUCUCACCUUCUGCUUUUCUAGAGCCCUUCAGCGCCUCCGUUUGGGUGAUGAUGUUUGUAAUGCUGCUCAUUGUCUCCGCCAUUGCUGUUUUUGUCUUCGAAUACUUCAGUCCUGUUGGAUACAACAGAAACUUAGCCAAAGGGAAAGCACCCCACGGGCCUUCUUUCACAAUCGGAAAAGCUAUCUGGCUCCUUUGGGGCCUGGUGUUCAAUAACUCCGUGCCUGUCCAGAAUCCGAAAGGGACCACCAGCAAAAUCAUGGUGUCGGUCUGGGCCUUCUUCGCCGUCAUCUUCCUGGCCAGCUACACGGCCAACCUGGCCGCUUUCAUGAUCCAGGAAGAGUUUGUGGACCAAGUGACUGGCCUCAGCGACAAAAAGUUUCAGAGACCUCAUGACUAUUCCCCACCUUUUCGAUUUGGCACGGUGCCUAACGGAAGCACGGAGAGAAACAUUCGGAAUAACUAUCCCUACAUGCACCAGUACAUGACCAAAUUUAAUCAGAAGGGAGUGGAGGAUGCCUUGGUCAGCUUGAAAACUGGGAAGCUGGACGCUUUCAUCUACGACGCGGCCGUCUUGAACUACAAGGCCGGGAGGGAUGAAGGCUGCAAGCUGGUGACCAUCGGGAGCGGGUACAUCUUUGCCACCACUGGUUAUGGAAUCGCCCUCCAAAAGGGCUCCCCUUGGAAGAGGCAGAUUGACCUGGCCCUGCUGCAGUUUGUGGGUGAUGGUGAGAUGGAAGAGCUGGAGACGCUGUGGCUCACGGGCAUCUGCCACAAUGAGAAGAACGAGGUGAUGAGCAGUCAGCUGGACAUCGACAACAUGGCGGGCGUCUUCUACAUGCUGGCGGCGGCCAUGGCCCUCAGCCUCAUCACCUUCAUCUGGGAGCACCUCUUCUACUGGAAGCUGCGCUUCUGCUUCACGGGCGUGUGCUCCGAUCGACCCGGACUGCUCUUCUCCAUCAGCAGGGGCAUUUACAGCUGCAUUCAUGGGGUGCACAUUGAAGAAAAGAAGAAGUCUCCUGACUUCAACCUGACCGGCUCCCAGAGUAAUAUGCUCAAACUCCUGCGGUCAGCCAAAAACAUCUCCAACAUGUCCAACAUGAACUCCUCGAGAAUGGACUCUCCCAAGAGAGCUGCAGACUUCAUCCAAAGAGGGUCCCUCAUCAUGGACAUGGUUUCGGAUAAGGGGAACCUGAUAUACUCCGACAACAGAUCCUUCCAGGGCAAAGACAGCAUUUUUGGGGACAACAUGAACGAACUCCAAACGUUUGUGGCCAGCCGGCACAAGGAUACCCUCAAUAACUACGUGUUCCAGGGACAGCACCCCCUCACCCUCAACGAGUCCAACCCCAACACGGUGGAGGUGGCCGUGAGCACGGAAUCCAAAGGGAACUCCAGGCCCCGGCAGCUCUGGAAGAAAUCCAUGGAGUCGCUGCGUCAGGAUUCACUGACCCAGAACCCGGUCUCCCAGAGGGAGGAGGGGUCGGUGGAGAACAGGACCCACUCCCUCAAGAGCCCCCGGUAUCUUCCGGAGGAGGUGGCCCACUCAGACAUCUCGGAAACGUCCAGCCGGGCCACGUGCCACCGGGAGCCGGACAACAAUAAAAACCACAAGACCAAGGACAACUUCAAAAGGUCCAUGGCCUCCAAAUACCCCAAGGACUGCAGCGAGGUGGACCGCAGCUACGUGAAAACCAAAGCGAGCUCGCCCAGGGACAAGAUCUACACCAUCGACGGGGAGAAGGAGGGCAGCUUCCACCUGGACUCUCCCCAGUUCAUCGACAACGUGGCCCUGCCCGAGAACGUGGACUACCAGGACCACAACGAGAACUACCGCAAGGGCACUGCCACGCUGCCGAUCAACAGGAACCCCCUCCACAACGAGGAUGGGCCCCCCAACAACGACCAGUACAAGCUCUACUCCAAGCACUUCACCCUGAAAGAUAAGAGCUCCCCCUGCAGCGAGGGGAGCGACCGGUACCGGCAGAACUCGACCCACUGCAGGAGCUGCCUCUCCAACCUGCCCACUUACUCGGGCCACUUCACCACGCGCUCCCCGUUCAAGUGUGACGCCUGCCUGCGCAUGGGGAACUUGUACGACAUCGACGAAGACCAGAUGCUCCAGGAGACGGGGAACCCGGCCACCCGGGAGGAGGUCUACCAGCAGGACUGGGCGCAGAACAAUGCCCUCCAGUUCCAAAAGAACAAGUUGAGAAUCAGCCGCCAGCAUUCCUACGACAACAUCCUGGACAAGCCCAGGGAGCUGGAUCCCAGCAAGCCCUCCCGGAGCAUCAGCCUCAAGGACCGAGAACAGUUCCUGGAGGGCAAUUUGUACGGGAGUCUCUUUAGCGUCCCGUCCAGCAAACUGUCGGGCCACAAAAGCGCCCUCUUCCCCCAGGGUCUGGAGAACAGCAAGAGAAGCAAGUCUCUGUUGCCAGACUACGUCUCAGACAACCCUUUCCUCCACGCCCACGGGGAUGACCAACGCUUAGUCAUUGGCAGAUGCCCCUCGGACCCUUACAAACACUCGCUGCCCUCCCAGGCGGUGAACGACAGCUACCUUAGGUCGUCCUUGCGGUCAACGGCGUCAUACUGUUCCAGGGACAGUCGGGGCCAUAGCGAUGUGUAUAUUCCAGAGCAUGUUAUGCCUUAUGCUGCAAAUAAGAAUAAUAUGUACUCUACCCCCAGGGUUUUAAACUCCUGCAGCAAUAGACGCGUGUACAAGAAAAUGCCUAGUAUUGAAUCUGAUGUAUAAAACCCUUCCAUUGAUGUUUUGUCUAUAGGGAAACAUACAAUCGCCAGCCUUCUGGAGGGUUCGAGUUGGAUGUCCAAUAGCGCCCUGCAAAGAAGACGAGGA